AUGUUAAGUAACCAUAAAAAACUAGAUGGUUCCUCUUCAGCCUUAAGAAAACUAUUACCAUCAUCAGAUAGGGCUCAUACCUUAAAGAACAAAAAAAAUAGUCCCUCAAAUACAAAUCCAAAUAGCCACAAUCCUAACUCUUCCCCCUCUGCUGCUGCUGGGGAAGCCGUGGUUGAUACUGAUUCUGGUUCAGCAACCAACGCAUUCUCAUUAAUUUUUCAAAAGUUAAAGAGCCCCAACGUACACGAAAGAUUAAAUGCAUCCUAUGAAUUGAAGACCAGUUUAAUUACUUUAGCACGUGAGGUUAGUAGUGAACAAUUCCAGAGGUUCACAAAUGACAUUAAUAAUCAAAUUUUUGAACUUAUCCAUGGGUCAGAUAGUAACCAAAAACUAGGCGGUAUACUGGCUGUUGAUACCUUAAUUGAUUUCUUCAAUUCUACUGAUGAAUUGCCAAACCAAACACCUAGAAUGGCCAACUAUUUACGAGUCUUGAUUCCGUCAAAUGACAUUGGGGUCAUGCGGGCUGCGGCUAAUAGUUUAGGGAAAUUGGCCGUCCCUGGUGGUGCUUUAACUUCUGAUUUUGUAGAAUACGAGGCAAAAAACUGCAUUGAAUGGUUAACUACAUCACCAGAAUCUUCCAGCGCAAAUUCUAAACAAGAGUAUAAAAAGCACGCAGCUUUGUUAAUAAUUAACGCUAUAGCCAGUAAUUCGCCAUAUUUAUUAUACCCCUAUGUUAACUCUAUAUUGGAUAAUAUUUGGAGGGCUUUGAGAGAUUAUAAACUACUCAUCAGAACCGAUGCGGCUGUAAUAUUAGGCAAGUGUUUGAAUAUUUUGGAAAAUAGGGACUCCAAAUUGAUUAAACAUUGGUGCGAAAAAUUGUUUCAAGGUUGUAAUUAUGGCUUUCAAAUGAACACCAAUGAAUCAAUCCAUGGGUCAUUAUUAGUCUAUCGAGACUUAUUACAAAUAAAAUCACAAUUACAAGAUAAAUUCGACACAUUUUAUGAAAAUACUUUAAGAUAUAGAGAUCAUAAAUAUGAUGUUAUUAGAAGAGAAGUUUAUACCAUUCUACCUCUUUUUGCGACAUUUAAUGCGCUAAAGUUUACCUCAAAAUAUUUGGAUCAAGUAAUGGUCUAUUAUUUGUCCCUUUUGAAAAAUAAUAACAACAGUUUAAAUCACACCUCAUCAGAUAAAGCUGCUAUAUUUAUUUCGAUUGGCGAUAUUGCCUUCCAAGUGGAAUCCAAUAUUUCCCCCUAUAUUUCUGCAAUUUUGGAUAACAUAAGGGUUUGUUUGAGGACUAAGUACAAAGUAAGGCACGGUUACGAGGGGGAGGUAUUUUAUUGUAUAGGCAAAUUGGCCUGUGCUGUGGGUACCGCAUUGUCCAAGCAUUUAAAUAGAGAUUUGUUGGGCUUGAUGCUAGACUGUCCGCUUUCUGAUUAUAUGGAGGAUACUUUAAUGAUAUUAAAAAGGAAAAUACCGGCUUUAAGCUCCAAAAUAGAUGAAAAUUUAUUGAAUUUACUAUGCUACACGUUAAGUGGGGAAAAGUUUAAAUACCAAGGAUCCCCAGUUCCUAUGAAAUCUCUGAACGAAACUAAAGCAAGACACUAUAGAGACCAGACAAUUUUAAAGAAAACCGGUGAGAUAAAUGAUGAUAGUAAAGAUGCGCAAUAUUUAAUCCAAGCAUUGAAAAUGUUAGAAACAGUUAAACAAAGUUAUUCUUUAUCUGAAUUGGUUAGGUUGGUCACUAUCCGUUAUAUUGAGCAUGAAAACCCGUUAGUAAGGAAAGCUGCUGCUUUGACGUCCUGCGACUUAUUCUCUAGUGAUUCCAUAUACAGACAAACAUCGAUGCAUGCUCUUAACACUGUUUCUGAGGUCUUGGGUAAAUUAUUGAUAGUAGCUAUUACAGAUCCAGUUGCUGAAAUUAGAUUUGAAAUCUUGAAACGUUUGGGUUCUCAUUUUGAUUACCAGUUAUCUCAGCCCUAUAAUGUCAGGUUGUUAUUUCUGGCUUUAAAUGACGAGGUGUUUGCUAUUCAGUUGGAAGUGAUGAGGAUUAUUGGGAGACUUUCAGCAAUUAAUUCAGCCUAUGUUAUUCCGUGUUUGCGCAAAACUUUACUACAGCUUUUAACGCAACUGAAAUAUUUUACAAUGAGUAGGAAAAAGGAGGAAAGUGCAUCGUUGAUAUCUGUUUUAAUAAGCUCUAGCGAAGAUGUGACCAAACCUUAUAUUGAUUCAAUCCUAGAAGUUUUAUUACCAAAGGCUGAAGAUAGUUCAUCAUCUGUAGCCACCACGGCAUUGGUCGCGAUUGGAGAAUUGGCUACUGUUGGUGGCGAGGAUAUUAUGCCCUUUUUAACUGAUUUGAUGCCUUUGAUUAUAAGUUGUUUUCAAGAUCAAUCGAAUUCCUUCAAGAGGGAUGCCGCUUUAAAAACUUUAGGUCAAGUUGCAGCUUCCUCGGGUUAUGUCAUUCAACCCUACUUGGACUACCCCCAAUUAUUGGGCAUUCUUCUAAACUUAUUAAAAACCGAAAGCUCUCAGAAUAUUAAAAGAGAAACGGUAAAGCUAAUUGGUGUUUUAGGGGCAUUAGAUCCUUAUAAACAAAGAGAACUGGAAAGGAAUUCAAGCGAAAAAGUUUCUGUCGAGCAAAAUGCCCCACCACUAGAUGUUAGUUUGUUGAUGAAGGGAAUGUCACCAUCAAAUGAAGAUUAUUACCCAACUGUAGUCAUUGGUACCUUGAUGAAAAUUUUGAAAGAUCCCUCCUUAUCACUCCAUCACACUGCCGUGGUACAGGCAAUUAUGAUUAUUUUCCAAGCUUUGCGUUUGAGAUGUGUUGCAUUUUUAAAGGAUGUGAUUCCUGGUAUAAUAAAGGCCAUGCAUACCUGUCCCCCCUCGUUGCUUGAAUUUUACUUCCAACAGUUAGGUUCUUUAAGUUCAAUAAUGAAACAACAUAUAAGACCAUAUGUAUCCAACAUAUUCGAUGUAAUCCAAGAGCUCUUUUCUAUGGUCUCUUUACAAUUAACCAUCAUUUCUGUUAUUGAAUCAUUGUCAAAGGCUCUUGAGGGAGAUUUUAAACAAUACUUGCCAAUAACUUUAACUUUAUUUUUGAAUGUUUUGGAAAAUGAUGUUUCCUCGAAAAAAGUAGUUUCUAUUAGAAUUAUGAAGUCGUUAGUGGUAUUUGGUUCAAACUUGGAAGAGUUUUCCCAUUUGAUCGUUCCAACCAUUGUGAGAAUUGCUGAAUAUAACAGUGGUCCCUUGAAAAAAGUUUCUAUUGUUACUUUGGGUAAGUUAGCCAGAAAUGUUAGUCUAGGUGAAAUGUCCUCUAGGAUCGUGCACGCUUUGGUUCGUAUAUUAAACGCUAGCGAUCAAGAUACAAUCAAAUCGAUAAUCAAUACAUUAAGUUUAUUAUUACUACAAAUGGACACAGACUUUAUUAUUUAUAUAACAGUUAUCAACAAAGUUCUGGUUAAAAACAAUAUUCAACAUACAAUUUAUGACCAAUUGGUUAACAAGCUACUAAACAAUGAACCGUUACCAAGAAAUAUUAUUAUUGAUAAAGACUUUGACGAACAACAAAAUGAAUUCAACGACUCCAAUGUACAGACGAAAAAAUUGCCGGUUAAUCAACAAGUCUUGAAAAACUCCUGGGAUUCCUCCCAGCAACGUACUAAAGAGGACUGGCAAGAUUGGUUAAGAAGGUUAUCAAUUCAGUUUUUAAAAGAAUCACCAUCUCAUGCCUUGAGAGCCUGCGCCUCUUUGGGUAGCAUAUACUAUCCAUUAGCUAAAGAGCUUUUUAAUGCAUCUUUUUCGAGUUGUUGGAGUGAAUUGUAUUCGCAAUACCAGGAUGAUUUGAUUAAGUCCUUAUGUGUUGCACUAUCGGCUCCGAAUAACCCACCUGAAAUCCACCAAGUAUUGUUAAACUUGGUAGAAUUUAUGGAACAUGAUGACAAGCCGUUACCCAUUCGUAUAUCUAAGUUGGGGCAAUAUGCACAGAAAUGUCAUGCGUUUGCAAAAGCUUUGCAUUACAAGGAAAUUGAAUUUAUUCAGGAGCCAACUACCUCUACUAUUGAAUCAUUAAUUAGUAUCAAUAAUCAAUUGCAUCAAACAGAUGCUGCUAUUGGUAUUUUAAAACAUGCACAACAACAUCACGAUUUACAACUAAAGGAAACUUGGUACGAAAAAUUGCAGCGAUGGGAGGAUGCAUUGGCUGCUUAUAAUAAAAGGGAGGCAGAAGGACACGGUGACAAUAUAGAGAUUAUGAUGGGUAAGAUGAGGUCUUUGCAUGCGUUGGGUGAAUGGGAACAGUUAUCUGAGCUAGCAUCCAAUAAGUGGGAUACCUCUUCACUGAUAAUUAAAAGAUUGAUGGCUCCCUUGGCUGCCGCUGCUUCUUGGGGAUUGGGUCAAUGGGAUAGGAUUGAAAAAUACAUAUAUGUCAUGAAGCCCCAAUCGCCUGAUAAAGCGUUUUUUGAUGCAAUUUUGAGCUUGCAUAGAAAUAAUUUUAACGAGGCGGCGGUGCACAUUGGACAAGCACGUGAUUUGCUAGUUACUGAAAUCUCAGCCUUGAUUAAUGAAAGUUACAACAGAGCAUAUAACGUUGUUGUUCGUACUCAAAUGAUUGCUGAAUUAGAGGAAAUUAUUGAAUACAAAAAAUUACCCACUCUAAGUAAAAAGAAGGCGCUAAUGAGAAAUACCUGGAAAAUCAGGUUAUUAGGUUGUCAAAAAAAUGUAGAUGUCUGGCAAAGAAUAUUACGAGUCAGAUCUCUGGUUAUUAAGCCCAAACAAGAUAUAGAUAUCUGGAUCAAGUUUGCCAAUUUAUGCAGAAAAUCCUCUAGGUUACGGUUGGCUCAAAAGGCUUUAAAUUCGUUAUUAGAAGAAGGUGGAGAUCCACAACAUCCGAACACCGCUAGGGCUCCGCCGCCUGUUGUCUAUGCCCAGUUAAAGUUUAUGUGGGCUACUGGGUCCCAAAAUGAAGCUUUGCGCUAUUUGAUUAAUUUUACCUCUAGGAUGGCUCAUGAUUUAGGGUUGGAUCCAAGUAACAUGAUUGCGAAAAGCAUUCCUACCAAUAGCACUAUUCCACCUCAGAAUAUUAAAGAAUAUACAAAAUUACUAGCGCGUUGUUUUUUGAAACAAGGUGAAUGGCGUGUGGCUCUAAGUCCAAAUUGGAGAAUUGAGAAUCCCGAUGCGAUUUUAGGUUCUUAUUUAUUGGCCACUCAUUUUGACGACACGUGGUAUAAAGCUUGGCAUAAUUGGGCGUUGGCCAAUUUUGAAGUUAUUUCACUAUUAACAUCCAGUAUGAGAGAUCAAGUUGAUAGUGGGAAAAUCGAAGAAAUUGACGAUGAUGCAAUUGAUGUAGAUGUUAGUGAAGAAAAAAAUAAAAAUAAAAAUAAAAAUAAGGAGAGCAAUUCCAUUUUUGAUAUGAACAGAAUGAAUAUGAAUAAUAAUAACAACAUGAGUGAUAAUUAUCCGCCAGAAUUGAUUCAAAGACACGUUGUUCCAGCUAUCAAGGGCUUCUUCCAUUCCAUUUCAUUAUCCGAAUCAAAUUCAUUACAAGACACGUUACGUUUAUUGACUUUAUGGUUUACAUUUGGUGGUAUAAACGAGGCUUCGCAGGCUAUCCAUGAGGGUUUUAAUUUAAUAAAAAUUGACAACUGGUUGUCCGUCAUACCUCAGCUAAUUUCUCGUAUACAUCAGCCUAAUAAAAAUGUCUCUAAAACCUUGUUGUCAUUGCUAUCUGAUUUGGGUAAAGCACAUCCGCAGGCUUUGAUAUACCCAUUAACAGUUGCUAUUAAAUCAGAAUCUGUUUCUAGACAAAGAGCUGCGUUAAGUAUCAUUGAGAAAAUGAGAAUACAUAGUUCAGUAUUGGUGGACCAAGCGGAGUUAGUAAGUCAUGAAUUAAUUAGGGUGGCUGUUUUAUGGCAUGAACUAUGGUAUGAAGGUUUGGAGGAUGCUAGUAGACAAUUUUUUGGCGAGCAUAACACAGAAAAAAUGUUUGAAACAUUAGAACCAUUGCAUGAAAUGUUGAGAAGAGGACCUGAAACUUUGAAAGAGAUUGCAUUUCAAAAUUCCUUUGGUAGAGAUCUAGAUGAUGCGUAUGAAUGGAUAAUGAAUUUUAAACAAACCAAGGACAUUAGUAAUUUAAAUCAGGCUUGGGAUAUCUACUACAACGUUUUCAGACGUAUUAGUAGACAAUUGCCACAACUCCAAACUUUAGAAUUGCAGCAUGUGUCUCCUCGGUUGUUAGAAGCGCAUGAUCUAGAAUUGGCGCUUCCUGGUACUUACCAUGCGGGCAAAACUGUUAUUAGAAUUUCAUAUUUCGAGCCUGUUUUUUCGGUAAUUUCAUCAAAGCAAAGGCCUCGCCGCUUGUCAAUAAAAGGUAGUGAUGGGAGAGACUAUCAAUAUGUACUAAAGGGACAUGAAGAUAUUAGACAAGAUAAUCUAGUUAUGCAAUUAUUUGGUUUAGUAAACACUCUAUUGCAUAAUGAUUCUGAAUGUUUCCAAAGACAUUUAGAUAUUCAAAGGUAUCCAGCUAUCCCAUUAUCACCCAAGUCUGGUUUGCUAGGUUGGGUUCCAAAUAGUGAUACAUUCCAUGUUUUGAUCAAGGAAUAUAGAGCCGCUCACAAUAUCCAACUAAGUUUGGAACACAUGACAAUGUUGCAAAUGUCUCCAGAUUAUGACACAUUAACUCUAUUAGAAAAGGUGGAGGUAUUUACCUAUGCGUUAGAUAAUACUAAAGGACAGGAUUUAUAUAGGGUAUUAUGGUUAAAAAGUAGAUCUUCAGAAUCCUGGCUAGAACGUCGUACGACCUAUACACGUUCGUUAGCAGUAAUGUCCAUGGUGGGUUACAUUUUGGGUUUGGGUGAUCGCCACCCAAGUAAUUUAAUGUUGGAUCGUGUCACUGGUAAAGUUAUCCAUAUUGAUUUUGGUGAUUGUUUUGAAGCAGCUAUAUUAAGAGAGAAAUAUCCAGAAAAGGUACCAUUUAGAUUAACCAGAAUGUUAACCUAUGCAAUGGAAGUUAGUGGAAUUGAAGGCAGUUUCCGUAUUACAUGUGAAAAUGUCAUGAGGGUUUUAAGAGAUAAUAAGGAAUCUUUGAUGGCUAUCUUAGAAGCCUUUGCGUAUGAUCCGUUAAUUAAUUGGGGGUUUGACCUACCAACGGAAACCAUCACGGAGCAAACAGGCAUUCAAUUGACUUUAACAAACCCUAGUGAAAUGUUAAGAAAUGGUCAAAUCACUACGGAAGAGGCUGCUCGUAUGGAAAUUGAACAAAGAAUUCAGGUUCGUAAUGCAAGAGCCACUUUGGUUUUGAAUAGAAUUAAUAACAAAUUAACAGGAAAUGAUUUCAAAAGAUUUAAAGAAUUAAGUGUCGAAGAUCAAGUGGAUAAGUUGAUUCAACAAGCAACGAAUGUAGAAAACUUAUGUCAGCAUUAUAUUGGCUGGUGUUCAUUCUGGUAG